AUGAAAGGCACCCGUGAUAGUGACGACCGUGAAAAAGGCACCCAUGAUAGUGACACCCAUGUAAAAGCCAACCCUGAUUGUGACACCCACGUAAAAGGCAACCAUGAUUGUGACACCCACGUAAAAGGCAACCAUGAUUGUGACACCCACGUAAAAGGCAACCCUGAUUGUGACACCCACGUAAAAGGCAACCCUGAUUGUGACACCCACGUAAAAGGCAACCAUGAUUGUGACACCCACGUAAAAGGCAACCAUGAUUGUGACACCCACGUAAAAGGCAACCAUGAUUGUGACACCCACGUAAAAGGCAACCAUGAUUGUGACACCCACGUAAAAGGUAACCAUGAUUGUGACACCCACGUAAAAGGUAACCAUGAUUGUGACACCCACGUAAAAGGUAACCAUGAUUGUGACACCCACGUAAAAGGCAACCAUGAUUGUGACACCCACGUAAAAGGUAACCAUGAUUGUGACACCCACGUAAAAGGCAACCAUGAUUGUGACACCCACGUAAAAGGCAACCAUGAUUGUGACACCCAUGUAAAAGGUAACCCUGAUUGUGACACCCACGUAAAAGGUAACCAUAAUGUUGGCAUAUAG